AUCAUCAACAUCAAUGUCGUCGUGUUUGCACGCACACACACACUGCUGGCAGGAGCGACUGAAUGUACCUCUUCUUCUUCUUCGUCUUCUCGCUGUAGAAAAAGAAAUAAGAUGGGUUACAGGACUGUGGUGAUGUACAUGGAGAUAGGCUGCUUUGUGGUCUGCGUGUCUGGAUGGAUCCUGGUGUGUUCCACCAUGCCCACUGAGAUCUGGACCUGGUCUGAGGUGGGCAGCAUCGUCCUGACCACCUCCAACUACUUCUCCAACUUGUGGAAGGAUUGUGUGUCUGAUUCCACCGGUGUGUCUGACUGCAAGGGAAUCCCAUCUUUGCUUGCGCUCAACUGGGACAUUCACAUGUGCCGAGCCCUCAUCAUCACCGCCAUCAUCCUGUCGUUCUUCGGGUCGGUGCUGGUCAUGGUGGGAAUGAAGUGCACCAAAAUCGGGGGGUCCGACCUCGCUAAAGCCAGAGUGACCUUUGCUGGGGGGAUGAAUUACUUGAUUGGAGGUUUGUGCUCCAUGACGGCUUUCUCCUACUAUGGAAACAAAAUAAGAGCAGAAUUCCAAGACCCUAACUACAGAGAACAGAAGUUUGAAAUAGGUGUUGGUGUGUUUAUCGGCUGGGCAGGCUCCACCUUGCUUGUGGUUGGAGGUCUCAUUUACAGUAUCUUUGCAGGGAGGGAAGGAUGCCAGUCAAGCCCUCAAAGCGAGCCUGCCUACAUGUUCCCUGAUCCCUACAUUGCUCUGCCCCCAAAGAAGAAGCUACCUCUUACGGAUAUUAGUGACAGUGGGAUGUCACAGAUCAGCAGCAUUAGUAGUAGUAGUAGUAGUAGUAGUAAUAGAAGUAGUAGUAGUAGCAGCAGUAGCAGGAAGAGUGGAGGCAGCAGCUCUGCAGCAUUGGCCACAAACGCAUAUGUGUGACCUCAUGUCAAACACUUACGAUCUAGUAUGCAAGUUGAUUCGGUGUUUGUAUGUGACCCUCGACCCUUCGUCGUCAUGGUUUUAAAUAAAAUUAUGACUGUUUUUUUCCCCCCUGAGGAAACAUGGAAUUAAUUCUGAUGCAUUCAUGUAAAUGUCCGAAUAAUUGUACUAACACACAAAGGGUAAGAUGUUCUGGAAUCAUUUGCUCACCCAAAUGUAAUGGGUCACUUAAAGGCUCUUGUUAAUGAAAUGUACCUGUUUAUAAUUGCUAAAUAAACUGUAACAUUUGAAGAUACAGUGCAAUGAAGCACAUACUGCAAUUGGGAUAACAAUGCUGGCA